AUUUAAGCAGCCUCCGUAAGCCAGACAAUUUUAUAGAAUCCCCAAUCUCAAAACGAUGAACACAUCAACGGCAAUUAAGUUUGUGGCUGCUCUAGCGCUCUUCUCUUUGGCUCUCUCCGCCGAUGCCUUGCAGAUUGAGCCCCGCAGCAGUUGGGGUGCAGUGGCUGCUCGUUCCCCUUCGAGGAUUUCCGGUGCCGUGGACUAUGUGAUCAUUCAUCAUUCCGACAAUCCCAACGGGUGCGCCACAUCCGAGCAGUGCAAGCGCAUGAUCAAGAACAUCCAGUCGGAUCACAAGGGUCGCAGGAGUUUCAGUGACAUUGGCUACAACUUUAUUGUGGCCGGCGAUGGAAAAGUGUACGAGGGUCGUGGCUUUGGACUCCAGGGAUCACAUGCUCCAAACUAUAACCGCAAGAGCAUUGGCAUCGUCUUCAUUGGCAACUUCGAACGCAAUGCACCCUCCGCCCAAAUGCUCCAGAACGCCAAGGAUCUGAUCGAGCUGGCCAAGCAACGUGGAUACCUCAAGGAGAACUACACUCUGUUUGGCCACCGUCAGACCAAGGCCACCUCCUGCCCCGGUGAUGCCCUCUACAACGAGAUCAAAACCUGGCCCCACUGGAGGCAAAACUAAUUCCAUAAUUUUAAAAGUUAUUUAUAGUUUUUAAAUUUAAUUUUUUCUAAAAUAAACGACAGCUUUUUAAUGUACCUAUGGGUAAAGAGAAAAA